AUGACUAAAUGCUCAACUUUUGAAGCUAUUGUAGCUCAUAUUUGGAGAGCAAGAACAAAGGCAAUCUUUGAAAAGGAUGAAGACGAUGAGUUUUCAACUGUUCUCUUUGCUGUGGACAUUAGGUCCAAACUUUCACCACCAUUGCCAAAUGACUUUGCUGGAAAUGCAGUUGUCACAGCGUUUGCUACUGCAAAAGUGAAGGAUUUGGUUGAAAUGCCACUGCCCUUUGCUGUUGGGAAGAUAAAGGAAGCAAGAGAAAGGGUGACAAACGAUUAUAUAAGGUCUGUCAUAGAUUGGUUGGAGGUAAAUAAAGGUAUUCCUGCAAGAUGUGAUGGGAGCUUUUAUGUAUCAGCUUGGUGGAAAUUGCGUUUUAGAGAGCUUGAUUUUGGCUUUGGGAAGACUGUUCAUGGUGGUCCAAUUGUGAGUGGGAAUGAUGAAUUUGUCCUGCUUUUAUCUAAUGAAAGUAGUGGAGGAAAUGGCGAUGGGAUUAAUGUUUGGAUGGGCCUUGAAAAGGAGAUUAUGCAGAAGUUUGUGUCUUGUGUCUUUGAGAUUUAA